AAAAAAAAAGAAAAAGGUGCAGAUAGCUGUCAUUUAAGAGUAUAAUUAAGAAACUCUGUCCUUGAGGGUUUAAAUAGGAUUAACUUUUCCUCCUUGCCUUUUUGAUUAUCCUGUUCCUCUCUUUCCUCUGUGACAAGCUGGUCGGUUGAAGAGAGGAACUCACUGUGAAUGGUAUUGACAAAUGCACCAUAAGAUGUUCCUAGAGGGCUUACCCUCUGAUCCUAAUAUUAGGAAGCAGGUGUCAACCUUUAUACAUUUGUCCUGUCUUUUCAAUGACAAAUAAUCAUUAAAUGGGUGGCUAAGAGAUCUAAAAACUCUCUAUAUUAUAGUCUAAUCCAAGUGACCAAGGAAAAGUUCAUAAAACCUCAUUUAUAAAAUGCCUAAAGCUCUGUGUAUUGUACGCUGAGCUAUUACAUUAUAAUGAAAUGGCAGAAGUUCAUUUAGCAGUUGGAUUAAUUUGGUAAAAACUGAAGUUGAUCAUUUCUGUUUUGAUCAUUUGGAAGAAGGAAUGAAUAAACCACAAAUUGGAUUAGGAAAAAGGUAUUUUUCAUAAAACAAGAAUGUGACAGUAUUGAUCCAGUCUUGUUCGAGAGAGAGGAAAAGAGCUUUCUGGUUAACAAACAUUGGGCUUUUCUGUGACCCAGGAAAAUGUCUUCACUUUGCACAUACUCCUUGAAGCUUUCUGAUACCUGAUUUGGCAUUCCUCCAUACUGGGGGAAGGGGUAUGAUGUCUUACCCAGUCCUGGAAGGCCCCUCCGUCUAGUUAUCAGGGCUUGGCCACUGCUACAGAAGAUACCAGUUUGUAGAAUCUUGGAUUAUGCCUCAACCUAUUGGUUAUUUGGUUAGUGUGAGUCAGUCCUGGAUGCCUGCAUCACUACUGACACUAAAAAAAAUCAAGUUUCUGACUCUGGUCCAUGAAGAAACCAACUUUGUACUAUUGUUAAGUUAAUGUGCUGCUCCCUCCAGGUUCCCUAACCCCCUGGAGUUCUUCAUAGGCUGUGUGUGAGUGGAUUCAGGGCCUGUGUGAAUAAUCUGACAAUCUAUGUUGGCUUUGUGUAUCUGAGUCAUUUUUUUUCCUUUGGAGAAAGCAUGGUCCAUGCUGUCUUCAGAUUCUGAAAAGGGCUCAUGAUCUGAAAGGUGAAAGAACCACUGCUGUGUAAUACCUGUGUCUGAACUGCAGCUUCUGUAAUUACUGCUGCUUUUUUCAUUGAUUUAUUCUGCAGUACUUAGUAUGUACCAUCACUGUGCAGAGUGGGUGGGGACUAGGCUCAGCCCUUCAAGCAGGGAUUCUGCUUGUACAGAGCUUCGUUUCCUAGGGAGAGGUAAAACCACACCUGACUGCAUACAGUGUGAAGAAGCCUGAGUCUGAAGUACAAAUACAAGUUGAUGAGAAUGCUGAAGGAAUCCAGGAGAGCUUCAUGGUGGAGGUGGAAAGGUUGGAAAGGGGGGGCAUUUGAGAUGGUCUUUGAAGGCUGAACAGAGUUGAUGGGAACUCCAAGAAGAGGGAGGAAUGACAUCAGUUUCCCUCCCCUUUCAUGUUUUAUUUCAAAAACCCUCUCCUCCCCCAAGACUAAGUGAUUUAUUGAUUUUUGUAGGACAGGUUGCUUGGAAGCGAGCUGUCAAAGGUGUUCGGGAAAUGUGUGAUGUGUGUGACACCACCAUCUUCAACCUGCACUGGGUGUGUCCUAGGUGUGGGUUUGGAGUGUGUGUGGAUUGCUACCGGAUGAAGAGGAAGAAUUGCCAACAAGGUGCUUCCUACAAGACUUUCUCUUGGCUAAGAUGUGUGAAGAGUCAGAUACAUGAACCAGAGAACCUAAUGCCUACGCAAAUCAUUCCUGGGAAAGCCCUCUAUGAUGUUGGAGACAUUGUUCAUUCUGUGAGAGCAAAAUGGGGAAUAAAAGCAAAUUGUCCCUGUUCAAACAGGCAAUUCAAACUCUUUUCAAAGCCAGCCUCAAAGGAAGACAUAAAACAGAGUUAA